GGAGGCCAGUCGCCGCAGAGCACCAUCUCACGCUACGCCUGCCGCAUCAUGUGUGAGCGCAGCGCCCCCUACACCGCCCGCAUCUACGCCGCCGGCUUCGACUCCUCCAAGAACAUCUUCCUGGGGGAACGGGCGGCCAAAUGGAGGACGUCGGACGGCUUGAUGGACGGCCUGACCACCAACGGGGUUCUUGUGAUGCACCCGGCGGGGGAGUUUGUGUCUGAGCCGGCUCCGGGCGUCUGGAGGGAAAUCUCAGUCUGUGGAAACGUCUUCGCCCUGAGGGAGACUCGCUCAGCGCAGCAGAGGGGGAAACUGGUGGAAAAUGAGUCCAACACUCUCCAGGAUGGAUCUCUGAUUGAUCUAUGUGGGGCCACCCUGCUGUGGAGGACCCCCGCCGGACUGCGCCACACCCCCACCCUCAAACAGCUGGAGUCCCUUCGCCAGGAGCUGAACGCCGCCCGGCCCCAGUGUCCGGUGGGCUUCAACACGCUGGCCUUCCCGAGUCUGGCCCAGCGCGAGAUCGUGGACAAGAAGCAGCCCUGGGUCUACGUCAACUGUGGCCACGUGCACGGCUACCACAACUGGGGCUACCGCAAGGAGAAGGGCCCUGCUGGACCCGGGGGCACCGCACCCGCCAGCACCGGGGAGAGGGAGUGCCCCAUGUGCCGGAGAGUGGGCCCCUAUGUUCCCCUGUGGCUGGGCUGUGAGGGAGGAUUGUACCUGGACGCCGGACCCCCCACUCACGCUUUCUGCCCCUGCGGCCAUGUAUGCUCAGAAAAGACUGUGGUGGGGUGGAGCCAGAUCCCGUUGCCCCACGGCACCCAUGCCUUCCAUGCUGCCUGCCCCUUCUGUGGUACCUGGUUGACAGGGGAGCAGGGCCACAUCAAACUCAUCUUCCAGGGCCCCGUCGACUGAAGCCCACCCCUGGGUAGAGGUGUUGAGGAAAGACUGUGUGCUAGAACAAAAAUCUGAACACUCAAGUGUUGGAUGAAAGAAAAGCACUGAUGAAGUACAAAAGGAGUGAUGAACUGAAGGUGCCAUGCAAUAGUAAAUUGCUAUGGCUUCAAACUGAGUUGUAUGAAGAUGUGUAAAUAAAUUGUGUUGAAAUGA